UUACCGUGGUAAAUUAGACUUUGAAUAAAAAUUUUAGAAAUGUAGGUAGAAAUUAACUGUGAUUCUAAUGUCUGGGCCGUUAAAUUUUGAGGGAAAUGCUUCUAUUGAUUGGAUAGGUAUCUUUUCUGUGUAUAUAAUUCUUCUAACGGUCACGGCAAUUGGAGUAAUCUUUAUUUUUAGAAAACGCAGAUCAUCAAUACUCAAAAGCCAGCGACCCCCACGGACGCCAUUUUCAGAGUUGGAAUUCAACGUAGCCACGCCCACGGACACCGCGAAGAGUCGACGUGUCAGUUUCUCACGGCGUACCGGCGUUGCUGAAUUUGUUACGAAUGAAGCAACAACGACUUGGAAGAACUUUUAUGAAGAACAUAAUAAAUCAUUGGAAUCAUCAGGCAACGAAUCAGCAGCAAACUCAGGCCGUCAGGUCAUAGGGCACAUCGGGAAGAGAAUAUUCGAUCAGCAGUUUGAGGAAGUCGAGGUCGUAGAUAUCGGUGGUACUCUACAAACAAAUACAGUACUUCAGGAGUUUCAAACAUCACUAAAUAAUGUUAAUUUAACACAGCAGCUAGCUGCACUCGAAUGUACUGGCGAUGAUAGGAAGCUAACAGCUCCUGUUCAAAAUUUCGAUUUAAGUUCGUUUACUGAUCACCAUAGCAAAGUGUUUGGAGAUGAUUUGAGUAUUCCAGUGAUGAAUGAAAUGUCGAAUCAGAUUAAUAUAAAUUUCUCGAAUCUACAACCGUUAGAUAACAGUAAGUGUGAUGAUUUAGAUGAAAUGCAACGCGAUUUAGAAAGAUCGAAUCCAUCAAAUGUUGUCUGCCAGGGUCCUUCUAGAAGUAGAAGGGAUCUAUCGGAGUAUAUCGAAAUUGAUCUAAAUAUGACUAAUGUUGGUGUUAGAAGUGAUGAAUGUGAUAUGUCCAUCACUGAUACAAUCCAAAGUCCAAAAGUUCAGGAGGUUAUGAAAAGUAAUACGUCGAAUGUUAAUGACGAUUGGGCGGUGGACAAAGAAAAUAUAGUCAUGAACCCCUAUACAACGCCUAAAGAAUCACUAAACUUCGCCGUUAAUGAAGUCACUGAUGAAGUUCUCGUAUUUGAUGGAAAGAAACUAACAGUCCAGUCGGAAAAGAAGAAGGUCCUAGAUCUAGAUAGUCAAAAUGCUUCAAAUAAUACACAAACUCCUAAUAAUGUCACUCCGAAGAGAAAAACAAUAGUCUUGAAUAUGAAUGAUGAUUUACCUAAUUUCAAUCAAGAUGGUUCACUCGUGACAAGUCAAAGUUAUAAUAUCCCUAAAGAUAAUGCACAAGAAAAGAAAACAGUCAUAUACAAUGACUACGAUUUGUCGAUAACGCAAUCGGUUGAUAACAAAAUUGAGGUGCCGAAACGAAAAACGAUCGUAUUUGAAGACGAUAUGGGAAACAUAUCGAUCACUCAAGCUGUUCCCGCUAAAGUUAUAAUUCAUAAAGAGGAAAAGAAAAAGACGAUACUGUAUGAAAAUGAUUUGACGAAUUUAUCAAUAACACAAGCUGUUCCCACGAACAUAAUUCAUGGUAACAAAAGUAUGGCAGAUAAAAGAAAAAGUACCGUUUAUGAUGACGGUGAUAUAUCUUUUACACGUGCGCUACCUUCGAAUUUAAUUUUGAAUGAUAAAACUAAACCAUCUCAAGAUAAAACAGUAUAUUUCCAAGAUGAUUUAGACAUGUCAGUCACGCAAGCGAUACCACAGAACAUUAUAUCUUCAGAAGUAGAAAAUAUCGAAUUCACUAAGAAUGAUUUAACUAAUCUUUCGAUAACUCAGGCUAUACCAUGUAAUAUAAUAAUCAAUGAAACAAAGAAAAAUGAUCCGGGCAAAACAAUAUUUUACGAUAAUAAUCUAGAUGCAGAUAUUGAAACAACGCAAGUCGUCUCUGAUGACGUUGUUUUCUCCAAAAAGAGUAACAGUGAUAAAAGGAAAACGAUUGUCUACGAAGAGGAUGCUGGAAAUGUAUCUAUCACGCAAGCUAUUCCCUCUAAUAUUAUAUUCAGUAGUAAAAAUAACGUUUCGGAUGUAAAUGCAUCGAAAAUAGAUAGUAAAGCAAAAGAUACUCUCAAAAACACAUCAGCUUUCGAUACUGAAACAAUAUCUGAAGCUAUAAAGGAACUAAAUACUGAGAAAAGUUCUCCAAAACGUAACGUAACACUUUAUGGAGAUCAAGCUGAAGUGUCAUUCACAAAAGUUAUGCCUACUAAUAUUUUACAAUCGAAUCUUAAUGAGCAAUAUGACAUGGAAACGACUUCAUGUGAUAAUGAUAUUUCUAUGACACGUGCACUGCCUUCUAACAUAUUGUUGUCAGCUGAAGAACAGGUUAAAACUGAAGAAGAACCAUUAAACAAAGAGGCUGAUGUUACUAUACCUAAGACAGAUCUAAAUAAAACAGAGAGUAAAGAUAUUUCAAUGAAUGCAUUAGGUAAUAUAUCGAGAAUGUUACAAGAAUCUAAAUUUCAUAGCAACGAUUUAAGCAAUUUGUCAUUGACGAAGCCGAUACCGACCGAUAUAUUAAAUAUUCAUAAUGAUUUUCCGCACACGUCCGAAAUAGAUGCUGAUAAAAGAAUAUUCAAAGAUAACAAUGCAUCGGUCAAUCAAGAUAUUAUGAUAUAUCAGAACGCGGAACAGAAUGCGACAAUAAUAAACGAAACCAAUCAUAGUAAUUAUCCAGUAGAAGAUUUAAAACAAAUGGUUUAUGGUUCUAUCAGACCUAAUCAUACAUUAAAUCAGAGUACAGUCGAAGAGCAGUCCAGUGAUAGAUCUAAUAGUUACAGCAUUAGAAAAUUUGUCCAUAAUGAGGAGGGACUUAUUGAAAGAGAAAGCUUGAAGGAAAUAGAAAUACUGCCAAUUUGCUCACAGGAAUCCAAAGUUAUUCUUGCUGAACAAAAUUCUAAGCCCAAAAAGUCUAUUCUUAGUGAGCUCUUAGACAUGUCGUGUGCUUCGUUAAACGAAGCAAAUAUAAGUGAAAUGAAAGCGUUAACUGAAAAUGAACGGAGUCCACCAGCGGUUGAGAAAGAAUCAAGUGAGAGUCUCUUUUUGAUAAUAAGAGACAGCGGAAAUUAUAUUAAUGUAGAACAUAUUGGGGAAACUGUGAAUAGUAAAAAUGACAGUGAUAUGAGCAGUGACUUCCAAAAAAUAUCCUCACAGCUACAAGCGCACGGUACCGAAGAAUCUGAACAGGAUUCGUAUUUAAAACAAAAGGUCGAAGAACUUAAAAUAAUUAAUGAAGUCAAUACAAAAUCGUUAAACAGACAUUAUGAAAAAGUACUGAGCUCAGAUCUCCGAAAAAGUAUUGAAGACUUAGAUAAAUCUAACGUCACGAGAGGCAAUAAAUCGUUUAAGAAUGCGGAUGACACGGCUGAGUUGUUAGAAAUGCUUUCAGAUUUUACAGACGGACAAUCUGAUGACCAAGGAAAGAAUAAAACAUUAGGCUCAAUAGACGUAAAAGGCUCCGAAACUCUAGUAAACAAAAGUAAGUUAGCGCGUUUAAGUUUCGUUCCAAAGAGGCAGUCUAUCGCGUUUAGUCGAGAGGACUUGCUAAAUAAUAUUUCAAUGGCUCAAGCCGCAUUACAACAGUCUCGAUUCGAAAUGGACGAAAGCGGAAGUACAGAAGACACACACGACUCACCCGAAGAAGAAGACUCCCAAAGCAAUAAAUCCCCAAAGAAAUCAGUACGAAUGAGUACAGAAGUAGUUAAAACAUUACAAUUCGAAGAAGACGAUUCAAUUGACGAUAACAAUUCGAAUGCAGUUGUAGAAAUAUCACCAUUAAAGAAAACAGCUUUCGGUGAAAGCACUUAUAUGAAGGAAGACAAAGCGAGAGUUAUACCGACUUAUUUGAAAGAUGUCUCAGAUGGUAUUAAAGCUCUGAUGCACGAUUUGGUAAAGCCAAUGGCAGACGUUCUACCUUACGAGACAACUGAACUACACAAGGCCAAGAAAUCACCUUCAACAUGCAGUACCCAGAUACAAGCAAGCCUAGUGACAUCGAGUCAGAUAGAUAUCGAUGUGGAAUUACGAUCGACUGCGGAGUCCCUUGAUAAUAUAAAGUCGAAUCAAUCCACCGUGACAGAAAUAGCCAUGGGUAAAGAAUCCGUGUCACAAACAUUAAAAAAAAUUUUUAAUCCGCCUCUAACAAAUAUACCCUUGGAAAUAAAUCGUUUGCCAAAAAUAGAAACGAAAAUGAAUACUUUAAUAACCCAUCAUUCGAACACUGGGCCCGUUAUUCUAUUCGAUCAUCACAAUCCACUAAACAAUAUACUAUUGACUCAAACGGAAUGUACGAAAGUUCACAAAUAUAACCCAUUAUCUAAAAGUAUUUGCAGUGAAGAUGAUUCUGUUGAUGAAAUAAAUAAAAAUAAGAAAUCAGAUGUCGCGAUGCAGAACACAGAAUGCAGUGUUUCGAUGCACUAUAACGUGGAAAGUCGUUUGAGUCGUAACCAAUCAGUAUUACAACCUGACGAAAGAACAAGCGAACUAAUCAGUAAGGGGUCAAAUGUUAGUAAACCUCUGUCUGUCAAUCGAUCGACCGAAGGCCUAGGAUUGGAUAUGAAACAUACAGAAGUCAACACAGUUAUCGCUAUGAAAGUUAAUCAGGAACUUCUACAAUCGAGUUCCUCAUUAACAUUGGUGGAUGAUGCACUGGCUCAAUCAGCGUUUGACUUGAAAGUCGAUUUGAUUUCUUCUGAUGAUGAUCAAAGAUCCUCACUAAAAGUUAUUUACAACAUGGAUACCGAUGAAGAUCAAUUACAAAAUAUCGAUCCAGACAGCGAAGAUUUCGAAAAGGAAGAUGUUAAUGAAAAUUCAACCACAAGAAAGCGUAGCUAUAGUCCUACGAAACAAGACAAAAAUAGAGCGAGUCGACCGAACGUGGAAAUCACUCCGAAACCAGUUAGCAAAAUGCAAAAAAUAUCGAAUAGUCCGCAUUUAAAAAGCAAGGAUCGAGAACAAUUUAAUAUUGAAAAAAGUCCCGAUAAGACGAAAUCCCCAAAGAAAAGGAACAGCUCCAGGCCAGAAGAAGUAAUAACUGUUCAACAAUUACUAUCAGAAUGUUACAGGAUCACGAAAAUGGAUCAGAAAAAUAAACACGCAAAUUUAAUAGAGAGUCCAUCGGUUACCUUAGAUACGGAAACGAUAUCGCCAACCACUGAGAGCGCGACGAGCGUAGAUACUGUGAACGUUAGUGUGAAAGAGAGGCAAGAUACGAACAGUGUUGAUACCCAAGCGGUUACAGUGGUGGGCAGCGAUGUGUCGCGAGUGAACUGGCAGCCCGAAGUCGUUGACGAGUUGAGUUCAAAGAACUUACUAGUUGAAUGUAGUUCGAGUGCCAAUGUUGUCGCUAAAAUCAACACUCUGCCGUUCAUGGGAAGCCGAGAGUGCGAAUGGGAGUCUUCAGGUGGUGACAUGUGGAUGUUCCGACUCUUGCGUUCCCGUAUUCGGUUGACUAUCCGUCUCGCUCACUCGCAUCACAACGCGUCUCGGUCGCGGGUCCGCGCAGAUACGCAUCUAGUCGCAUUGAUGGUGGACCCUGUACAAGAAGAGAGCGACCCGCUGGCGGCGCUGUGCGUGCGGCUGGCGGCCGAGGCCAUGCGCUACGAGUGCUCGCGCGCCACCAGCGCCGCCGACGUGCCCGCGCUGCUGCGCCGCUGCGCCGCACUCGCGCGCCUGGCGCUGCGCUGGGGCCGCGCCAUGCGCGACGCGCGCGCCCGGCUCGCCUACUCCGUCACGCCCGACGGCGAGCUCACGCUCAAGGUGGCGAACGUGCCGCUCCGCGCAGUGUGGGAGGUGCGGCUGGCGGUUGAGCUGGUGGCGGAGGAGCGCGGCGCGGCGUGGCCCCGCGCGGGACACGUGCGCGCCGCCUCCGUGCUGGCCGGCUCGCAGGCCCCCUCCCCCCCGCGCCUGGCGCGCCUGGCCGACAAGCUGCCGCGUGACUGGGGACACGCGCCGGCCGUGCUCUGGAAGGUGUUCAAGUAUUUGAAAAAUAAGACGAGAGAAAACGAUUUACUUGGGUUAUAAUUAUAAAGGACGUCCAAAAUUAGCAUUUAAUUAUCUUAAGUUGUUAAAGACUGUAGUUCCAAUCCACAAAGCCUUAAGUGACCUGACAGGAAAUUAAAAAAUAAAUUCAAGAGGCAAAUAUUUAAAAAGGUUUGAUAUAAUUGUAACUUGUGCAAAACUAUACAUAUUGUCUAUUUCAAAUGCUGUUAAGAUAGGGUCGUGCCAAUCGAAAAAAGAGUAUAAUUUUUUAUUUAAAUAUUUAUAAAUGCAAUAAUUAAACCUUGAAAUAAAAUAAAACUUAUUUAAAACCUCUUUAAACUGUAAGCAAAGAAGAACUGAAGAACGAUAAACGUCUAAUCUUUCUACUCUACU